AUGAAGGAUAAGAAGAAGUCUGCCACUGAUGUACGAAAGAGUCCGCGAAGAGCCAGUGGUGUUACGAACCCAUUUCUUCUACCUGACUUUGACGAGGAAAAUUUUGAUCCCAGCGCCGAACAAGCUCGGAGUGCUAAAGAAGUUACGACAGCGCCGUCCACACUAUGGCAGAAACAAGCCAAAGGGGGUGUGAGUUUCAAAAAAGUGGCAAAGGCCAUCACUAAACAAAGAAAAUGGUCUUCUAUACUUAAGGUGAUAGAACAGUUUAGCGUUAUAAAUGCUUUCAAUUAUGUGAAUUUACUACCGAGUCUAGAUUGGCUCAUAACUGCUGCAUUUAACCGAUCAGUAAUAAAAGCAAAGUCGACAAUGAUUUUCUCAAUCUCGGAUUACGCAGUCCCUGCCGGUUUAAUGUUGCUUUGAGUCUUUGAUUAGCUUUUCGACAAAACACUUCAAAACACCAGUCAUAGAGUAUAUAUCUAGCCGACUGUUUGAAAACCACACCAGCUGGCAACUCUAAGAGGCAACACAGCUUAACUUGACUUGAAUAAAGUUACUAUUGUAAAGAAACUCAGCUCUUACCCAUAAGCCUUCUAAGGUGACUCUCUUCUUACUUCCUGAUUAGCAAAGAAAUAUUCAAGUCUGUCAGAAAGACACUCUCAUCUUGAAGACUUUUUCUUGAAAGUAUAUUCCGAUCUCUGUUCUGAUGGACGCGACUCCGGGAAAAAAGGCUGAGAUUUGGGCGUGUUACUGAAAGGGGAGAAACGAGUAAAACGGAAAGGAGAAAAGAAAAAUACUGGAACCACUUGUACUGACUACUUCCUAUCGUCUAAGUAUUUCUACUCAACAAAUUGUCAACCCUUGAAUCAUCCCCAUAAACUAGAGCACUUUAGUAUCAUGUUUCGCUGCUGUUUUGUUUAAUAACACGUUCAUAACACGUGUAGGAUGUCCGGCAGUCAGAUGACCACACCCGAGCUCGAGGCUUUGUUGCUAAGACUGAAGAUGGCGAGGGAAGACUCAGCUUUAAUGUAAAUGGUACGUACGUAAGACUUUUAACUAUGAAAAUGAUAAUAAUAAUCGAUAAUAAUAUUGAUAAUUGAUAUUGAUAAUGAUCAAGAUCAUCGAUAAUGAUAAUAACUGACAGAAAAAUGGCUGCGGCCUACAGUAUACUGAAGAUUAGUUUUACCCCCUCUCUUCGUCAAUUCUCCGUCUUAUGGGUUUUGAAGUGGAAGCUACACUCAUAAGUACACGACAAGGAGAGAAAUCGAAACAAACUCGGAUUUGAGGUCUAACCUGGAAAUCGACCUCGGAAUCGCCCGGACAGAAAAGCCGAACAGUUACCGACUGUCCUAUUAAUUAUUGCUCCUUUGACUUCUUGUAAGUACAAACACAACAUGUACUAUUGGAAUUGGUUUUCUUUCAUUUUUUAAGCCUUCAAGCCUCAUGUCCAAUCGUGUGGAUCGCUGCCGCCUUCCAUAAAGACAACACUACGAAAGUUUUCCUGGAACAGAACGGACGAAGAAAUCGAAGUAGUUCUGCAGGUUGUAAAGAAACUGAAAUGUUUUGACCGAUAUCCCAUGUACGUCAAACGAGAAUUAGCCAGAGUAUUGUACUACGACAUGUUCGAAAAGGGAAGAGUUGUUAUAAAGCAAGGUAAGAGGAUUGACAAUGUAGAGAAAGUAUCAAUUUGCCCCAUGUUAGGGAAACCAAGACAGUCUUAGAUUCUGGAUUCCACACCGUGGAUUCCAGAUUCCAGGUAUAUUGGAUUCCGGAUUUUUUGUCAGUGGAACUUGAUUACAAUCUUUAGCGGGAUUCCGGAUCGUUUGAACUGUAUUCCAGAUUCCAAACCCGAGGAUUGCGUACUCCACAAGCAAAAAUGUUCCAGAUUAGCAUACCAGAAGCAAACAUUUUCCAGACUUUCCUGAAUCCGGAUUCCUUCACGUGGGGCGAGACAAUAUUGCGUCUUCUAGACAUAUUAGGGAGCUUAAGCAGCGACGUUUUUGAGCGACGCACGUCAACCGGAAGUGAGGUAUUUUCCCUCUUAACAUGCCUUGAUGAUAUAAAAUUUGUAUUCCUUAGCUUCUUUACUGUUAUAGAGGCGAUUUGACUAAAAAUUUGCGCGAAACCACCGUCAAAAAAUGAAAAAAGGCCACUUCCGGUUGACGUGCGUCGCUCAAAAACGUUGUUGCUUAAGCUCCCUAUUAGGCUGAUUCAGCAACAGAACGGGAACGUCAGUUGACGACGGCGCGCGCAAAUCAAACAACUGGCUUGAUCAAUAGUAGAGCGGCAAAUUGGGCACAGGAAGUCGAGUUUAGUCCUUUCCACGCGCUUUCCCGUCGUCAAAUGACGUUCUCAAACUCAUUAAUAAUUCAUAAAGAAAAUUCAAAGGAAAUUAAUGUUUAAUAAGUGUUUGGAUAUCAGAUGAAAAACUGCUCAUUUUUGCAUCCUUAAUUUCUCCUUCAAAACGAUUUUGUUUGAGAAGAAAUAUCAAACAUUCGACACAGUGUUUCAUCACCAGAUGAAACACCUCGAAGUUCGUCAAAAAUACUCCGCUGCGCGUCGUAUUUUCAACUCUCUUCUCGUUGUUUCAUCUGGUGAUGAAACACUGCAUCUCAUGUUUGAUAUAUUACUUCCCGUUCUGUUGCUAAAUCAGCCUAUUGUUCCAUCCUGGAAGAAACAAGACGACGUUUGCCAUCCCUUUUUGGUCUUGCUUUCAGGACAUGCUGGUAUAUCAUUCUACUUCAUAGUCUCAGGUUCGGUGAUGGUAGAGCGAAUGGAAGAAGACAGACACACUGGCGAGCAACACAAACAGGUUAUAUAAAUCAGUAUAAGUAGGACUUCUGCUUGUUGCUGUACUGUGCUGUACUUAAUUCUUCACCGUUUUCCCAUUUCUCACGAAAAGAUUUGUUUGCGCCCCAAAUUUUUGCCAUUAUAAGCACUGUUUUCAAUUUUCUCUCAGGAGUUAAGAGCAAGAGAAAAUUGAAAACAGUGCUUAUAAUGGCAAAAAUUUGGGGCGCAAACCGUUUUUAUGCUAGAGACGUUAAAGUCAGCGUCAAGAUGCAUUUAACGUCGGAGACGUUUUAAAAAGUCGACUUGUGUGAAAACUAGCUCUUAAAAGUAGACGACAACAGUGAAAAUAAAAAAAAGCCUUUAAAAAAAAAAAGACACUGACUCUUCUCAGUCAUUUCUGGACGAGUUGGGCAUAAAUACGCAUGCGUCCCAAUUUACGGCGUCCAAUUUUUCUACUAGAAAAGCGCAUUUAAAGUCUGAACGACGCGGGCGUUGAAAUCGUCAGACGUUACACGCGACUGUCUUAUUGACUGACCCUUUUCGUACUAGAUGUUUAAGUCUUGCUAAGACGACUUUAAUGUCUCAGUCGGCUCAAACGUCUCUAGAAUAAAAACGAUGAAUCGCAACUGAACCAUUAACCCAUCUACACCAGGUUGUUGGCGAGAUGUCGGCAGGAGAUGCUUUUGGUGAGCUGGCUUUACUUCAUAACAUUAGACGAACAGCGACAAUCAUAUGUAAAGCAGACUCAGAAUUCUUAAGAGUUGAUAAACCAGACUUUGAUGAGGUUAGUUAAUUCUUUAUUCUUAAUUCCGUCCUUUUUUGCCGGAAAAGACCUUAAAAACUAAUUAAUUUACUCGUUCUUUUUUUGACGAGCAUGUCACCUUAUGUUAGACUUUCAUCGACUUUCGCACUCGCAAAAGAAAAGAGCGCCUGAUCGUUGUUGCCAUAACUAAAGAAACCUGAAAUUAUGUCGAAAAACACGUGUAAUAAAUUGGUUUAACCGCCGGCGUAUUUUCCGAAAAUACCUUGUAGGCAAUGGCUAUUCACCAAACUUCAAACGAAUGAUGGCGUUCAUUAUCCUUCUGGAUAAACACUCAAUUUUCCGGGGAAGCCGUGGUUAGUUGUUUGUUUUUUUUGCAGGUACUGCGAAACAGUCAUCAAAUCGAAUGGGAGAGAAAGUUGUCAGUGCUCAAUUCACAGCCGGUCUUGAAACACUGGGCCAGUAUAGAGACUCGCUCAACAGUUACACACACAAAACUUAGAGAAUAUCCUCCAAAUGCGGUAAGUUCUUACAGCAUGCAAGGAGCCCAAUAGCGAGACCGCUUUUAACUUAUUCACAUUCUUUCGUGCAGAUCUAAUCCAGUCAGAAGCCGGCUGGAAACUGUUUUCGACUUCUGAUUGGUUAAUGUCUACAUGAAAGAAUGUGAAUUGAUUAAAAGAGGUCAAACUUUUAGGCUCCUUGUUGUAACACUGACCACGAUAAAUAAAUUAAGCUAGCGUUUGAGCAACUGGUCGUUUCCUGGUUUUGUAAGAACUUCCUAGCGAUCAACCAUAGUAAAUCUCAAUCCAUCGUCUUCAAUAGAGCAACUCUACAACGCCCUUUGUUAUUGACAGCAAUGAACUGGAUUACGUUCCACAGAUCAAGCUCCUUGGUGUAAUUAUCGACAAUUCACUCUCUUUUAAAGCACAUAUUAAAGAAAUUUGCCGGAAAGUGAACACAAAAGUUUCAAUUCUUCGUCGCAUUCGUAAACUUAUACCCUCAGAUAUUAUGAUUAAACUGUACAAAGCAUUUAUUCUGCCUCACUUUGAAUACGCAUCACCAUUGUUCAUAGGUCUAAGUAAAGGUUUGUCUGCAAAACUAGAGUCAACCAAUGCAUUUGCUCUUAGGACUCUUCUUAACUACUCCAAGUCGACUGCUUAUGAAGAGCUACUUAAAACUGUACAUAUCAAAAGCUUGGAACAUCGACGCAUAGAACAAGCACUGAUACUUGUAUACAAUAGCAUUUAUAACCAGGCACCGAACUACAUUCGGGAAAUGUUUUUACUGCGAAGCAAUGGUUACAGCCUACGGGGCCAUCUUAAGGUUGUUCUUCCAAGACCGACCUCAUCUUAUAUGCAACAUUCUUUCACGUACCAGGCUGGCAAACAAUGGAACAGUCUACCAGACAAAAUAAGGAUGUCGGAGUCCCUCUCUAUCUUUAGGAAAAACUUACAAAACAUACAGUUGUCUUCAUCGUAUGACUGCAACUGUGAAUUUUGUAAAUAGACAAUCUGAGUACCAAUAUUUUUUCUUUUUAAAUUAUUAUUAUCUUUUAGUUGGUUUAAUUUUUCUAUUUUUUAUUUUUAUUCAUUACUUGUACGUGUAGAUUAUGUAAAUUGUCACGUUGUAAUUUUUAUGGCACAUUUGCAUUUAAACGAGCUAUCGCUCAUAUGCGAUAUGUGGUUAAAUAAAAUUACUUACUUACUUACUUACUUACUUAACUACGUGUGAACUCAACUGACGGGCAGAGCCUUGUUCGACUGCAAAAAAUUAAACUUCAGAAAAUUGUAGGGAAUUAUUGGAUAAGCUUGGAAAAUUAUACAUGAAGGGAACGUUCAUCUAGAAAUUUUUCGCUGUCCUCAAGCAAAAGAAAAUUGAGGCAAUUAUUUGCUUCUCAGAACAGAUAUUUUACAGAAAACAGUCGUUGUGUGCCCUUGGUAUUCUGAAGUUGCUUACCCACCACGCACCCCGUUAUAUUUGUCAUUUUAUACUUUGAGCUCAUUCUAAUUGUAGCUGAUUGUUGGCGAUAUCGAUGGUCCCGCAGAAAACGUGUUUUUCAUUCAAUCUGGGAAGUGUAAGGUUGUGAGAGAAAUAACCAUCAUCCGCUCAACUUCCACUUCCGGUAAAACAAAGCUUAAACUUCCGCCCAUCGACUUCACUGAGGGAGACAGCGAAGGCAACAAAACAGACAAAGUUGUCAAGAAAUAUCUGACCAUUCACGUGUUGAAGGAAGGAGAUUUCUUUGGAGUAGGAGAGGAUUUAAAGAAAACAUACAUCAUAUCCGUUGGAAGGGUAAGCAUGGAAACAGGGCGCUUCGAUACAAAGUCAUCUCGUUACAAAGUCGUUUCGAUACAAGUCGUUUUUAUACGACCUCAAACACCGAAAUAACAAGUAAAACAUUGACCAACACUUGGCGCGAGUAUUCUACUUUCUUUAAAGCAAGUAUGUAACACUACAAUUUAUUUACGCCUCGUCUGAAUAAACUUGCAUCAAAACAACUUUGUAUCGAAACGAAGAGUAACCGUAAGCACGGGUAACAGUGGACGAACGAAACUACAUGUAGAACAACUAAGGAUUAUGUGCACUGGUAAGUAGUUUUGCUGCACAAUGCAUGCAACAUCAAAAACAACGAACUUCGAUGUGAGAAUAAGCACUGUCUGCAACCAGCGAAGCUACAUUUUGUAUUUGAGGUGAAUAGUGUAUCAAAUACAGAUGGGUUCAAAGCUUCCUAAGUUAACAGCGAUUUUUGUUAAAUAAAAAAAUGACACAGAAAGAAGGUAAAACAGCUAAGAACUAACACACAUAAAAGUGACAAAAAAUAAAUUGCAAUCAACACAUGUCAGUUACCAGAAUGAGAGGUUUGGGAGCUAUUUUAGACGAUAUUUUGAUAUUUUUACCCUUGUAUUCUAACCAACCUCUAGAUGCCAAAAAAAUGAUUGAUGGCAGGGGUUUUGGGGGUAUUUCAGGCCAUAUUUGCCCUCUGCGAAAAACCACUUGAUGCAAAAAAAUAAAAAAAUAAGAAAAUAAAUAAUAAUAAUAAUAAUAAAACAAUUGUCAAAUUGCUAGAGUGUUUUAAACUCCACAGGUUCACUGUGUGCUGAUCAGUCAACCUAUUUUCAUGAAAAAAGAGAGAGGAAGGACUUUGGAAACACUCAAACAAAAGCUCAGUGAUGCAUUCCUGACGCAGAAACAGGCAUUCAAGUUCUACAUUGAAGACAGAAACUGGAAGAUUUACAAAAAGAAACUUGUAGAUGAUAUUAUAAAACGCCGAAAGAGACCACAUUGUACAACAUUUGAUGACGUACCCGUUGUGGUUAGAAAUGAUAAUGCACAUUACUUUGAAAAAUAUGACUGA